AUGCGCCCACCUUCCUUUUUCGGCACGUUGGUGCUUUGUGGCCGCGUGGUCGCGACUACAAGCAACCCGUCAGUUGUUGACACGAAAAACAAUGUUACUUACAAAGGACUUAACCGCAAUGGAGUUGAAGCCUUCCUAAACGUCCCCUAUGGCCAGGACACCAGUGGCGCCAAUCGAUUUAAACCACCUCGAGCUUUCGUACCCAAAUCAGGGAGCACCAUCAACGCACAAACCUAUGGCCCAGCUUGCCCUCAACCUCUAGGAGAGGGUCUCCCUCCUCUCACCUUAAGCAAUGUCACCGAGAUCUCGGAAGAUUGCCUGAACCUAAAUAUUAUAAGGCCUACCAAUGUCACUACAGAGGACCGACUACCCGUCCUAGUUUAUAUCUACGGAGGCGGCUUUUGGACAGGUCAGAACAGCGAGCUCGUGACUCAACCGGAUGGCAUGAUCCUUGAGUCCGUCGAGAAUGGGCUUCCGAUUAUCCAUGUUGCUAUGAAUUAUCGUCUUGGGGUCUGGGGAUUUGCAAAGUCCGACGCCCUGAACUCAGAAGGGUCGGAGAAUGCCGCUUUACGAGACCAGCGCCUUGCCAUCGAGUGGGUCCGUGAUAACAUUCAGAACUUCGGCGGCGAUCCCUCAAAAAUUACCAUUUCUGGGCAAUCAUCUGGCGGACUCGCCGUUGGCAUGCAGAUAAUGGCCUUCGGCGGAAGCAAGCCGGCGCCCUUCCAGCGCGGCAUCUGCGAGAGCCAAGCCCUAGAACCCGGGAUCACGGGGAACUUUACCAUUAACGCGAUGCAAGCGGUAGUUGAUUACGUCGGGUGCAACACAACCGCACUCCACUCUCCCGAAACAGUCGAAUGCUUACGCGGGCUAUCAAUGGAGACCCUGGAAGCGGCAGAAGAAGCCACGCACGGAGACGACAUCGCGCACAACAUCGGCGACAUCUGGCUCCCUACCGUCGACGGCGACUUCCUUCCCCUCGCGCCCUCGCAACUAAUCGCCGAGCACAAAUUCGCUAACGUAGACGUAAUGAUGGGCUGGUGUCAAGACGACGUCGCCCUCUUCACCGACACCAGCAUCACCACCCCCGCCGAAACCCAAUCCUUCCUAUCCUCCUACCUCCCCUCCCUCUCCACCUCCAACCUCAACGCCCUCCUAUCCCUCUACCCCUCCACCUCCUUCACCGCCACCCCAUCCCUCUCCGCCGAAUUCCACCGCACGGCCCGCAUCUUCCGCGACAUCCUCAUGGUCUGCGAACCCGUGUACUAUGGCGCCGCCCUCGCCGCAGCAGGUAACUCCGUGUAUCUCUACGAAUGGAACCAGACGAUCCUCGACCCCAUCCUCGCGUACCUCAACGAAGCCCCCGCAGACCUAGGCGUAAUCCAUACCAGCGAGUUCGCCUACGUGUUCGGGAAUAUCAGUCACUGGGACACAGCCGGAUACCCCUUCGCCCCCACACCCGCGGACUACGCCCUCGUGAGCCGCGGCUCGCGGUCCUGGUCUACGUUUGCGAGUCUCGGGGUUCCGGGGACGGAAGACACAGAUACGUUCCAGGGUUUCGGAACUAGUUUUCGGAAAGGAGGGGAUGGGGGGAAGAAUGCCUCGUUUUCGGUGUUUGUGGCGGGAGGGCCUGAGGAGGGGUUUUCGCCUGUGGAUGGGGAUGGGGCGAGGAAGGUUGUGAGGGAGCAGUUGUUGAGGGAGCGGUGUGGGGUUAUUAAUUCUGAGGGGUUUGUUAGGGAGCUUGGUUUUUAG